CUUGCAGAAAUACCUCCACCUUGCCUGGGCCUGGAGCCACAGGAGACCCUUCCGAAGGUGAGGAAUGUUCUGGAACAAUGCAAGGCCUGCCCAGGUUGCCCCCAGGAGCCAGCGUCCUGGGGUCUCUGUGCGGCAUCCAGCAACGUGAGCUUGCAGGACCCCGAGGAGCCCUCCUUCUGCUUGGAAGCUGAAGACGACUGGGAGGAUCCAGAGGCCCUGAGCUCACGGCUGCUGUUCCUGAACACCUCCGGAUACAAGGCCAGCUUCCGUGGCCUGUACAACGUGGCGCUGCCAUGGCUGAGCGGCAUGUUCUGCAGCUUUAGCGACGAGGAGGAGCUGACUGGGCGCCUGGCACAGGCCCGAGGGGCGGCCAAGAAAGCUGGCCUCCUCAUGGCCCUGGCCAGGCUCUGCUUCCUCCUGGGGCGGCUGUGCUGCAGGAGGCUCAAGCUGUCCCAGGCCCGGGUGUACUUUGAGGAAACACUGGGGACCCUGGACGGCAGCUUCGGGGACCUGUUCCAGGUGGUGGCUGUGUACGUCAACCUGACCAGCAUUUACCGGAAGCAGAACCGGGAGAACUUUACACAGGUGGUUCCCAAAGCCAUGGCCCUGCUCCUGGGGACGCCCGGCCACAUCUGCAGCACCGAGGCGGACGGGGAGCUCCUGCAGCUGGCGCUGCAGUGGGCGGUGGGUGGCCAGAGCCUGCAGGCCGAGGCCCGGGCCUGCUUCCUGCUGGCCAGGCACCACGUGCACCUCAAGCAGCCCGAGGAGGCCCUGUCCUUCCUAGAGCGGCUGUUGCUUUUGCACAGGGACUCGGGAGCCCCAGACGCUGCGUGGCUCUCAGACUGCUCCCUGCUCCUGGCUGACAUCUACAGCCGCAAGUGCCUGCCCCACCUGGUGCUGAGCUGUGUCAAGGUGGCCUCAUUGAGGACACAGGACUCGCUGGCCGGCUCGCUGAGGAGCGUGAACCUGGUGCUCCAGAACGCCCUCCAGCCCCACAGCCUCCCCACCCAGACUUCCCACUACCUCAGGCGAGCGCUGGCCUCCCUAACCCCGGGCACAGGCCAGGCUCUCCGUGGCCUUCUCCACGACAGCCUGGCCCAGCCGUACAGCCACCAUGGCUACCACGGCCCGGCCAUCACCUUCAUGACGCAGGUGGUGGAAGCCAGUGCUGUAGCCGGAGUCUGUGCCAUCGUGGACACCCUGGUGGCCCUGGCCUGGCUGCACGUGCUUCAUGGGCAGAGCCUGGUGGCCUUGAACAUCCUGCAGUCUGUCCAGGAUGCAGUGGUGGCCAGCGAGCACCAGGAAGGUGUGAUUGCCAACAUGGUGGCCGUGGCUCUGAAGAGGACGGGCCGGACGAGGCAGGCAGCCGAGGGCUACUACUGCGCCCUAUGGGUGGUUUGGGACCUGGGCCAGCGGAGGAACCAGGCAGUGGUGCUGGCCAACUUCGGGACCCUGUGCCUGCACGCGGGUGCCAGCAGGCUGGCCCAGCACUACCUUCUGGAGGCCAUGCGUCUGUUCUCGAGGCUUCCCUGUGGGGAGUGUGGCCGGGACUUCACCCACGUACUCCUGCAGCUGGGUCACCUCUGCACCCGCCAGGGCCCGGCCCAGCAGUGCAAGGGCUACUGUGAGUGGGCCCUUCUGGUGGCCGUGGAGAUGGACCACGUGGAGACCCUGCGCACCUGUCAUCCCACUUCACAGAGGACACAGGGGCGGGUGAUUGCCCAAAGCCACAGAGCAGUUCAUGCAAAAGCAGCUCGUGCAGAGUGUGCCAGGCCCCACCCACAAAUGGAGCUGUGGGGAUCCUCGGGAAGAGCAGGUGCUGAGCGCAGGGAAUGCCAGCUGCGGGCCGUCCAGUGGCUGCGCUACUUCUACAGCAUUGUCAUGCCCAGCGAGGCCCAGUGUGUCCUCUACCACGAGCUCCAGCUCUCUCUGGCCCACAAGGUGACCGACAAG